GGCCUAAGGGAGGGCUAUCACGUUAUCAAUUCUUUUUUAUUGUCUGCGCUGCGAUUUUCGCUUACAGCAUCAUCCCUGCUUAUUUCUUCCAGUCUGUUACUGCUCUCUCCUUUGUGUGUUGGAUAUGGAAGGACUCAAUCACUGCACAACAAAUUGGCUCCGGGAUGAAUGGACUCGGCGUUGGAUCAAUUUCGCUUGAUUGGAUGACUGUGACAAGUUUUUUAGGAAGCCCUUUAGUUCUUCCUUCAUUUGCGAUAUUCAAUAGGUUGAUUGGAUUUAUCGCGGUCGCAUACAUUAUUAUACCCUUCUCUUAUUGGAGUAAUGCAUUUGAAGCAAGAAAAUUUCCACUGUUUUCGACCAAUAUCUAUGAUUCUCAGGGCCACAAAUACAAUGUCUCUAGAAUUCUAGAUUCAAACACUACUGUCACCUUUAAUCAAGAAGCCUAUGAUAACUACUCGAAGAUAUACUUCACUACUUCACUGAUUUAUUCUUACGCAUUUAUUCUUGCUCAAUACACAUCCUCUAUUUCUCAGAUUACUCUUUUUUAUGGGAGAUCACUGUGGCAAAAAUUUAAGAGAGCAUAUAAAGACGAUGAUGAGCUAGAUGUGCAUGGGAGGCUAAUGAAGCAAAAUUAUAAAUCUAUUCCUCAGUGGUGGUUUUACUCCAUAUUGUUGUCCAUGAUCGGCAUGGCAAUUCUGGUCUGUGAAGGUUUUGGCGGUCAAAUUCAACUUCGUUACUGGGAAGUUUUGUUGGCAUGUGCUCUGGUUUUUCUGUUCCUUCCAUUGGAAUGCGUACUCGAAGCAAUUGCUGGUUCGGGAUUCACAUUAGAUUUGUUAUUGGAAGCCAUCAUUGGAUACUUGAAUCCAGGCAAACCUCUAGCCAACAUGGCUUUCAAAUUAUACGGAUCAGAGGCUUACCUAUUGGCAGUCUACACUAUAUCUAACUUCAAAUUAUCACACUACAUGAAGAUUCCUCCAAAAAUCUUAUUUCACCUCAUGAUUUUAGGCACGACGAUUUCAUGCUUCACUGAUUUUGGCAUAGCAUGGUGGAUGCUCCGAUCAAUUGAUAAUAUUUGUCAGCCAGACUUACUUCCGGAGGGAAGUCCUUGGACAUGUCCCACUGAGAAAGCAAUGUACAUCUCUGGGGUAACAUGGGGGCUUGUCGGACCUAGCAAGAUGUUUUAUCCCGAUGGCAUAUACUCAGUAGUCUUCAUCUUUGCUCUAAUUGGACUCGUCGCACCAAUUCCCAUUUGGUUAUUAUCGCACAAGUAUCCUGAAAAGAAAUGGAUUGGACUCAUUAACUUCCCAAUUAUAUUCAGUGCCGCUCAUAUUCUACCUUACGGUGGGAUUGUGGGUUAUUGGAGCUGGUUUAUUGUUGGUUUACUCUUCAACUAUUUCAUCUAUCAUAAACAUAGAGAAUGGUGGACUAGAUAUAAUUAUCUAUUAUCUGCUGGACUUACUGCGGGCUCUGCAUUUUUUAUUCUCCUGCUUAGCGUCUCACUUCAGUUUCAAAAUAUAUAUGGAGUGAACUGGUGGGGAUUAGAAUUAGGUGAUCAUUGUUCAUUGGCAAACUGCCCCACAAUGCCUGGUGUUAUUAUCGAAGGUUGCCCCAUAAUCCAAUAACAAUUUUUAUCAUUAAAUCCAAAUAUUUCAAUAUGAUCUUGGAAAGAUAUGUAAUGACAGGUAUAAACAUAGAGAAUAAUGGAUAAGAUUAAUUAUUAUCUAUUAUCUUCUUUAUUCAG